GCGGAAAGUCCGUUUAAAUCGACUAACUGUGCGUUAGCGCGACGUUAGCUAACCUUAGUCAGAGCGCUUCAAAAUAAAAGCCAGGUAUAGUUUCGCUUUCUUGUUUCUGCCGAUGGCGUUAAGACAACAGAAAAACUGCGCCGAGGAUCGCUGAAAGCUUUUUGCGAGGUUAAACUACAACCCAGCUCUGCUUUUAAACAAAUUUAAUCACUUUUAAACUUCUUGUUGAUGUUUGGUUUGUUUUGGGGUCCGUUACGCAAAACAACAGACGGUGCACUAGACAGGGGGAAAUGCCAGUACAGGCAGGUGGAGAGCAGCGAGAGGAGGAAGAAGCUUUAACGUGGUUUGAAGACGGAGGAGGCCGAGCUGAAGAUGUUGGACAGCAGGGACAGGAUCAGAAACGAGUCCAUCAGAGGGACAGCUCAGAGUCAGGGAGGCUGAGAUGGUCUGAGCAUGUGCGGAGGAUGACGAUGGAGCUGCAGGGCUGGAGUGACAGAGGAGUGUGCUGGGAUAGGUGGAGGCACAUGAGCUGCUGUGGUGAUGUCUGCAGGGAGCAGCAGGAAGAUUCACUUUUAAACUCAGUUCACAGCAGCGACGUUCCACUCCCAAAGCCACCGCCAAAGCGCCGACGCAUCCUCGACCCGUCAGCCAUUGUCCCCGUGCCCAUCUACUCCAACAAGGUGAAGAGCAGUCUGCAGCUGAAGCCGACGGCAGCGCUGCUCACCGAAAAGACCGACACAGAUGACGACGCAGACGACAGUUUGUUGUUGGAGUUUUCAUCUCGAACCGAGCCGGUGCAUUUCGUCACCCUCAGCGACUCCGAAGAUGAACACGUGCAGAAGAAGGCGGAGCAGCAGCCAGACGCCGUGCGCUGUCCGUCCCCUCCUCCUCCAGAGAGUCCCGUACAGAAACAGUCCAGGGCGAUGAAACAGAAGCUCAGUGAGAUCGACCAGAAGCUCCGGGCGGUGAGCUCCCUCCUCUCUCCAGAGCCUCAGGGCGGCCUGUCGAGACGGCGCCGAGGUCCUCCCGUGUCACAUCCUGAGUAUGUGCGCGUGGACGACGAUGAGGACGAUGACGUCAUCAUCAUGAGCCCGGAGCCGGAGUCAGAGAGCUCCUCAGUGCGAGAGAUCCCGCUUAAGAUCCGCUGCAGGACUGAGAUCCACAAGAUCCCGGUGCUGUCGUCGACGCCUUUAAGCGAUGUGGUGACGCAGCUGUCUGUCAUCCUAAACGUCCCGCCUCCUUGCCUCCUGCUGCUGAGGGAGGAAGAGGAGCUGCCGACGAGCGCCACCAUCAGCGAGCUCGGCCUCGGCAUCGCCGACAUUAUAGAGUGUGUGGUCAUGGCGGCGGAGGAUGGAAGCCAGUCAGACGGUGAUGGCAGCAUCAUCACUGUGAGGCUGCAGAGCAAAGACAGAGACUCUUCUCAGGAGUUCUCUCUGCACAGAGAGGCGCCGCUGAGGUCCAUCUUCUUCCAGUACGUGUCCAAGAUGUCUAACAAGGAUCAGAAGAAAGUGCGCUUCCAUUUCGACGGCUCCAAAGUGACGGGCAGCCAGACGCCGGCGCAGCUCGACAUGGAGGACGGUGACAUCAUCGAAGUCUGGGUCUGAGUCGCCCACUUCAGCUCUGCGGUUUAUUUAAGCGUCACUGCGAUCAUUUCAGAGGUCACUUUAUUGUCAGGUGCUGAUGAUGGGACACGGACAAAAUGACAGCAAAAUCCAAGCGCACCAAUCAGGCCUUUAACCUUUCUGUGUCCACACUGAAGCCACUUCCUGUUUUUGUUUGUGAGUAUUAUUUUUAUGAAAAUCAAAUAAAAGUAAAACAAGCUGACCUCACAUUAUUUGCAUGAGUGAGGUCAUGAUGAAAAACCUCCACCUGUAAAGGGCAAGAACAUGGCCGCCCUGGAGGCUCAAUGUGAAUGUGGAAGAGUACUGUAAAUAAAAGAUGGACACAGAUGGUCCU